ACUGGAGUCCAGUUGAUCAAGUGGUGCACACAUUGGUAGUCGCAUAUGCUCGGAGGCUCUCUGGCAGUUAUUUUGGAUAAGAGACAAAACACGACUGGCUUUUUCUCCAUCUUUGGGGUUGACAAAGUUCUGACAAUACAACAAUGGAGCGCAGAAGCAGAUUAUUUAAGUGAAAUCCAUCGUGUACCAUAAUUGUAUACUCCAAGCUGUGUUCAAAGUUGGUCACAAUGUCGCAUCGUUCAGUUCAAGUUAUGAUAUUGGCAAGUUGGAUUUUCAGUGGUGCCAGUGCAUCUCCAGUCUAUGAACUCGGUAAUAUGAGCAACCUCACAAUGGAUAAUAUUGAAAGAAAUUCGCAAAUAUCUGGCCGCGCUUUCCCGUCGGUGUCAAACAUCAACCCGGAAGUCGGAACGGAUUUUACCCAAGUGACGUGGGCUCAUGCAGUAGACAACCGAAAGAAGCUGAGACGUGCACUAAGAGGCAGUGCAAUGAUGCUUGAAGCAGACGUUUCGCUGGGAAAGUUGAAAAGCGAUCCGCAUUCUGAAGACAGGCCAAUUAUGGCACACCCGCCAAUUUCGGCAAGUGACUUGUCGCUUGAAGACUUUUUAGACGAAGUCCUAGACGAAGCCUAUUACAAGGGAAUCAAAUUGGAUUUUAAAAGCGUCGAAGUACUCGAACGAGCUCUCCAGAUAGUCAAAACGAGAGAACAUAAAAUCCGGGUACCUCUUUGGUUAAACGCUGACAUUAUCAAAGGACCAGUGGAUUCUACUUCAAAUCCUAUAGACGCCCAGUUAUUUCUGAGCCUUACCAAAUACUACUUUCCAACUGCAGUCAUCAGCGCGGGCUGGACGACAAAACUCGCCAAAGAAGGUUAUUAUACUCUUGAUCAAUGUCGGAAUAUGAGAGACGCCCUAAUAGCAGCUCAAGUAACUGCCCCAGUAACAUUUCCCGUUCGAGCCGGACUCGUAGCAAAUUUGGAAUCUCGACAGAAUAUUUUAUGGCUUCUGAGAGAAAUACCGGGAAGUACAGUGACAAUUUGGAGUUCCUAUGGCGACGAAGUUGAUGUAUUUGGGCUGUUGGAUUUCAUAGACGCGAUCGGCAAAGAGUUCAUUUACAUCGACGUCCACAGCGGAUUGCGUUGUCGAAUGUCCCGUUACAGAGCAGCGUACUCGAUGGGUGAAUAUCUUUUGGGUUUUGGGCGAAAUAAUGGACGAACUUCGUCUAAUCCAAGUUUUUUUGCUUUGCUGACGUAUUUGUCGUGCGCGACUUCAUUCCUUCCAUGGAACAUCAAUUCGCAUAACCAGCAAUAGCGAAUGAAACACGUUCAACGGCUAUUUAAACGAAUGGAAGUUAUACAGUAUUUAUUAUCUUUUUUUUUUUACAACGUGAAAUCAAAUCAAAUCUCAGCAUUUUCUACAAUACGUGUAAAAUUGGCACGGAGAACAGGCCACACUCGAUUUUUUUGUUGUGCCUUCAACGGCAGUUUUCUAGUGUCGUAUACUGCAUUUGAAAUCGUUCGAAAUAUAUUGCAUUUAAAAAUUUUA